UCCUGGUCCUUGAGCUGAACAGACAUCAUGACUUUAUCUCCGUCAGAAUAAAAAGAACCGGAACCUCAGAUGGGACAUCUCACUAUGGAGCCGAAGACUGUGACUCUCCUGAUGAUAAUAAGCCUUCAUGGAGCGACGGCAGUGACCCACUCUCUGAAGUAUUUCUACACUGCGUCCUCUGGAGUCCCAAACUUCCCAAAGUUUGUGACUGUUGGGUUGGUUGAUGAAAUUCAGAUGUUUCACUAUGACAGUAACACCAGGAGAGCAAAACCCAAACAGGACUGGAUGAGCAACGCCACAGCAGAUGAUCCUACGUACUGGCAGAGGCAGACUGGAAACCUUCUGGUCACCCAGCAGGCCUUCAAAGCCGACAUUGAAACAGCAAAACAGCGCUUCAACCAGACUGGAGGUGUCCACAUUGUCCAGAACAUGUACGGCUGUGAAUGGGAUGAUGAGACCGAUGAGGUCAAAGGUUAUGAUCAGUAUGGUUAUGAUGGAGAAGACUUCAUAUCAUUUGACCUGAAGACAGAGACAUGGAUCGCUCCCAAACAACAGGCUGUCAUCACCAAACACAAGUGGGAUAAUAACAGAGCUGAGAUAGCACAGAUAAAGAACUACCUGACUCAGGAUUGUCCUGAGUGGGUGAAGAAGUAUGUGAACUACGGGAGGAGCUCUCUGAUGAGAACAGAGCGUCCCUCAGUGUCUCUCCUCCAGAAGACUCCCUCCUCUCCAGUCAGCUGCCACGCUACAGGUUUCUACCCUGACAGAGCUUCACUGUUCUGGAGGAGAGAAGGAGAGGAGCUCCAUGAGGACGUGGACCACGGAGAGAUCCUCCCCAACCACGAUGGAUCCUUCCAGAUGAGCGUUGACCUGAAACUUCCAUCAGUCCCAGCUGAAGACUGGGGGAGGUACGAGUGUGUGUUUCAGCUGUCUGGUGUGAUGGAGGACAUCGUCACCAGACUGUACAAAGUUGUGAACAUGGCCAGCCAAGUUGAGACUGAGAUCAGAAGUGAUGAAGGGAACGCUUCCAUGACAACCAUCAUCAUCAUCAUUGCAGUGGCUGUCUUGCUCAUUGGUGUUGGAUUCAUGGCUUACAAAAAGUGCAAAGCCAAAUAUCCGCUCUGAGCUCUCUGAGAAACUGAAUCCUGACUCUGAAUGAUGAACUCAGCGCCCGGUUUAUGGAUCAAGUGUUGGACUACAUUGUCCUCCAUAAACUGUGAACUCAUCGAUUAUUCAUGAUUAAUAUCAUAUCUGAUUGAAUCAGGGUUGGGGAUCUAGUUGUAGAUGCUUAACGAUUGGAAUAAAAGAAAACACAUUUGAAAACUAUGAGCCAACAUAAAUGGUGACAGUAAAUUAUUUGGAUUGUUUAGUUUCAAUCAAAAAAUGGAAUUUCCUCUGAUAAAAUGUUUGCUUUAAUAAAAUGAGGAUGAUAAGUUUUGGAGAGAAGUCAAACAGGAUCUUCAGAACAAUGAAAGCAUCACAGCACUCUUCACACAUAAACAUUUGUGUGUUCAUCUAAAACAAAUCCACCAUAGUUACACUUUAAUACUUCUGCUGUUGGCUUUUUCUGGUUAAAUCAAUAUUGGUGACACAAAUGUAAAUUUACAUGCAGACACACACACAUCCACAUACAUGCAUUACCACUGUCACAUAUACACUGGGAUUGACUCCAGUCCCCCUCCACUCUCAGCAGGAUGAGCUGGAUGUGUAAUAGAUUGAUGAGGUGUGUGCAUAUAUAUAUAUAUAUAUAUAUAUAUAUAUAUAUAUAUAUAUAUAUAUAUAUAUAUAUAAUCUCGAUGUCAGUACAUUUAUUUUCCAGUUGUGUAAAUAGUUUACUUGUAUAUUUCUUUAAAACUAAGUUUUUGUUUUUUUUUAAUUAUGACCACCAAUCUGAAGCAAAUAAUAUUUGUCUUUGAGUUUUUUCCUCAAAUAAUCAAGAGUAUUUUUCACAAUAUCUUUAGAUCUGAUUUGAAACAUUAUUAUAUUUAAAUAUUAGCCUGGAUUCUAAAAGGGUUGUGUGAUGUUUGAAGCGUCUCAGCUGGUAGAAAUCUGCUAGAUUAUAUUUCUUGAUAGUAUUUUGGGACAAGGAAAGUUUUGUUUUGUAGGAAACAGUGAUGCUCUAAAUCACUUCUAGUGUUGGGUUUAGAAUGAACAUGAAUGAAGUUUUACAUUUCAUUCCUUUUGUACUUUUGUUUUGCUUUUCAAUAAAGUGCCCAAACUCUAAA